AUGUCACAACUUAUUCCUCAUUCCCAGCAAGCGGCCGUCGUGCAGAACCCCGGUGAGAGUUAUAAAGUUGUCCUUCAACAUGACAUCCCCGUGGGGAAUCCUGGCCCCGACGAGAUUCUCGUCAAGUUGCACUGCACUGGUAUAUGCCACUCAGAAGUCCGCGCUGUCCUGGCCUGGGGUGCGUAUAACUCCAUCAUCGGACACGAAGGCAUCGGCACCGUCGUCCAAACAGGCGAUAAUGUCUCUGCUUCUCUAUUAGGGAAGCGCGUCGGAAUCAAAUGGCUCUACAACGCUUGCACCGAAUGCUCCGUCUGUCAACGGGGCUUUGCCAACAACUGUGCGAAGCAGCUCAACACCAGCCGCCAUGUUCCAGGCACACUACAGCAAUACGCAGUCGCUGAUGCCAAAUUUAUUUCUAUGAUUCCAGAAGGAGUCUCCGAUGAAGUCGCAGCACCACUACUUUGCGCCGGUCUAACCAUGGCAGGUGCACUGGGCCAUCUCGACAACGAGCUCCAACCCGGCGACUGGGUCGUGAUCUCCGGGUCUGGUGGUGGUCUUGGUCAUAUCGGAGUGCAGUUAGCAGCCCGAGUUAAGAAACUCCGGGUCAUUGCAGUUGAUAGUGGCGAUGCUAAGAGAAAGCUCAGCCUAGAGUCUGGUGCUGAAGUUUUCAUCGACUUCAAGACGGAAGAUGUCGUGGCACGAGUCCUCGAGUUGACUGGGGAGGGCGCACAUGCAACAGUCGUCGUACCUGGGACGAAAGAGGCAUUCAAGACCGCCUCAACGCUGGUCAGGAACAUGGGCCAUAUCAUUUGCGUUGGUCUUCCGCGCAAUGAUAUAGAGCUGCCGAUUUCUGCGACUUUGUGUGCUGCUCGAGCGCUCACCAUCAAAGGGUCUUCGGUCGGUACAGAGGAGCAGAUGGCGGAGCUGUUGCAACUCGCCCUCGAGGGAGUGAUCACGCCAGCUAUUGAGGUAUUUGACUUUGAAGAAGCUCCCAAUCUGAUCAAUAAGAUUAUGGAUGAUGCUAUUAUUGGAAGAGCGGUCGUGAGAAUCCCUAAUUAG